UCCUGUUUUGUUUUGAGAAGGCAAGGAGAUUGAUCAGAGUAGACGGUUAGUUUGAGGUCAAAUAUGAUAGACUCACUACCAGACCCUACUUUGUCGUCGGGAAUUAUAGAAGAAGAAAGUUUUAAGUUUGACACCACUGAGGCACCUGCAAAUUCCUCAACUCAUACACCUACACGAGGACUCUCAUUUUCACAAGAUCCGGAUAUUUCACAUGAAACUGUACAUCACCGACGUGAUUCUGGACCUCAUUUGGAAAAAUUUCUUAAACUGAUCAAUACAAUUGAUUGUCAUACUGAUGUUAUGUGCUGCAAAUUUACACCUGAUGGUUCACAGCUUGCUAUUGGUCUAAUUGAUGGGGUAAUUUUGGUAUAUAACCACAUUGAAAACCAAUUAUUACUCCGUCUACGAGAUGAGGAUAUAGAUAACUUUCAUCUACCAGUCACACAGAUUAGAUUUCCUGUAUUCCCGUGUAUUGGAGCGGUAGAGGAAAAUAAACUACUGGCAUCAUAUGCAUCUGGUCAUAUAAAACUAUGGAACUACACCACUGGUUCUUGUCUAAAUACAAUGAUAGAAAACAGACAGUCACUGAACGUGACAUACAGUCCCGAUGGCCUACGGUUCGUCACCACAGGAGAAACACCUGAACUGUUUGUGUAUGAUAGAACAACAAGGAAAAAAAUACUUACAUUAGAGCCAAGCAUAUCAACUCUCUCUUUUUCUCCAAUUGAUACUCAUCAGAAAUUAGAUGGCCAUUGUUUUAGAGUAUUUGCAGCUCAGUAUCACCCUGAUGAACCUCAUCUAUUCCUUUCUGGAGGCUGGGAUGACACAGUGCAUUAUUGGGAUGACAGAAAGAAGCAUUCCAUUAGAUCAAUAAGUGGUCCACAUAUAUGUGGUGAUGCAAUAGAUAUUGAUCCUAUUGGUAAAAAAGCAGUAUUAACUGGUUCAUGGAGGAGACAAUGUCCAUUAGAGGUUUGGGAUUUUGAUACUGGAAGAAAGAUGAAAGAUAUCCCCUCUGAACCUUUGUGUCAUUGUCAGCUUUACUGUUGUCAGUGGUUGGCUAAGGAGAGCGUUCUAUGUGGAGGGUCCGAUGGUAACAUGGCAAAAGUAGUAAACUGGUUUACAUUAAGUACAAAAGGCUUACUGACAGAUCUCCCUCAAGGAGUAUACUGUAUAGACAAUGAUAAAAUAGGUAGUAGACCACUGUUGGCAGUAGGUAGUAAAAGUAGAAUUUACCUUAUCAAACCAGAGAAAGACUUUUAAACAAGGGAUGAUGACUGUGUGUGGAUGUUGAAGAAAAGAUCCAGAUAGUGUCAGUGAUAAAUGCAGACUUGAAUUUAUGUUUUCUUUGUCAUUUUGAAAUUUAUGUCAAAUUGAAAAUAAUUUAAUUUUGGAUGUAACACGUCUCCUGAUUGGCUGAAAAUGUUAUGUCUAUCAGCUCAUAGACAUAAUUUUGUCAUGUGACUGUGUUGUCACCAACGUUUUUUUUCAAAAUUUACUCCUUAAAAAUGGAAUUUAGAAUUAAAUUAUAAGGAAUGACUGUAAUAUUUUUUCUGUCUACUCGAAAUAACCUAAAAAAUGUGGUGCACACUUUCAAAUAACCCGCUAUGCAGGUUAUUCAGUGUGCAACACAUUUUUGAUGUUAUUUCGAAUAGACAGAAAAAAUAUUACAGUCAUUCCUUAAAUAACUAAAAUUUUAUUGAUAUAAUGAAAAUAAUUUUUUUAAUGAUCUUCUAUGGGCAUGACAUGUUUAUGCAAAAGUUUUGUAUUUUGUAGUACAGAAAUUAUCUCCCUUUAACAUAUUCAUGUUACAGUUGAAUAUGAUGCUUAAUCAAAGUGUUUUGACAAAGAGUAUAUUGUGCUUACUGAAAAAAAGUAAGAUCAAGGAAUUAUGAGGGCUGCCAAUCGCCUGACAUUUUCUAAAUUUUUCCUAUAUUAUAAACUUUGACUUUAAUGUCAUAAUGAAUACAACGCUCUCAGACUUACAAUUGUCAAAUUAUGUACUCAGUACAAAACCCCUUGGGAGCAAACUAGUGAAAUAUACAAAUUUUGGGUAAUAUAAGAAAACUGUUUGUACUUUUUCAUAGUUUUACAGUUAAGAUCAUAACUGUUUGAAUUUUUGUAGUUUUACAGUGAUCUGAAUAGGAAGUCAACAUGUUAGAACAACACUUAAUAAAUUUUUUGUUAUUUACUCUUUGUAUGUAUUACAAACAUGUCUUAAAGAAUAUUCUGGAUGAUUGUAAAUGUUGUAAAACCAAUUAACUAUUCAGUAUGCUAUACACAUUUUGGACUCAACUCCUCCUACUUGGCUUCUUCCAGUGUCAUAAAACUUUGCACUGAUCUUAAUAUGAAGAUGUGCAUAUGAGGAGGGCAUUUUAGUCAAUUUACAUAUACAAGGGGCAGGCCCCUUUGCACUCAUAAUUUUUUUAUAUUAUUCAAUCUGCACUUUGUGAAUGCAAAACCUCACACAUGCUUCAUCAGAUGUUCUUUCGCCUUGGCCAAGUCACGAAAGAGAGAAAACAGUGCUGUGUCUGCUGGCAGUUUCAGCAAUGUAUAGGUAUUGUGUCAGUUUAAGGGAAAUCACUAGUGGUAGCUAUAUAGACCAAUGAUAUUUGGUAUGCAGUUGUAUUAGCAUUUGCACUUCUCACAUCCAUGGAGAUUAUUUGAAGUCUUGGUAUAUUGACUUUGAAACUUUUGCAUAGUUUGCAUGUUAAAAAUAUGAUCAGGUCAGUUUAAGAUGAACCACUAAUUGUUAGUCAAUGAUAUUUGGUAUCAGUUUUAUUAUCAUUUGCAAGUCUCAUUUCCAUAGAGAUUAUAUGGCCCAGCACCCUCAGUCUUUGAAACUUUUCAUAGUUGACAUGUUAAAGUUUUUGUUUAGGGGAGCGGCUUAUGAUAUGUCAAUUUUAUAUGGUAUGUAAUUGUAUAAUAAUUAGUAUUUCUAAUUUCCACUGAGAUUAUUUGGCCCUGCAUCUUCAGUCAUGGUUCAUUGUCUUUGAAUGUUUUGUAUAGUUUACACAUUAUAGAAUUGCCAUUUUUAUUUCAACAUUUGCAUUUUACUUUCAAAAUUAGACAGCGAGACAUUUCUUGCUGUUUCAACAGUUUAUUAUACUAUUCAGUAUUUUAACAAGAUAUUUGAGGAUACCUAAAAGGGGAAGCAGGGAUAUUUGUUCUGCUAUGUGGAUGGUUCUAUUUUAAAUUCAUCUCAGAAAAACUAGAAUUAAGCCCUAUGUCCAUAUACCUGUUCUAUGAAGUUUGUUAAACAGGGAUUGAUUUGAUAUUUAAAUGUCUAGAGCAUGACUACAACCAAAAUUCUCUUCUCUCAACUAUCAAAUAUGGAUUUAUGUUUUUUAUUCCCUGCAUACGAUAGUUGGGGUGCAUUAUGUUUUCUUGUCUGUUCGUCUCCCCAUCUUUCAGAUUCUGUCCUGUAUAAGGUUAAAGUUUUGGUUUAAGGUAGCUUUACCAUAGAAGUUUUUAUCAGAUUUCAGAGUAAACCGAACAUAGAAAGUUGAUAGUUUGAGCAGGGAAUUGUGUCCUAUGGACAAUUUUUUGUUUAUUAUUCUAUAUGAUGUCUCUUAAAUGUAUUUAAGUUGCUAUUUAUCUCGUGAAAAAAAAAACAGCUUUACAGCUCUUUUCAUAAUGCUAGCAAGGCAAAGGUUUGUUUGACUUACUUGCUUUGUUUGUAUAAAUGUUUGCUCAAGCAUUGUAAUUAAGAUUGAUAACUGCAAACAAUAUAAGUAGGCGGAGUUAAACCUGUGUAAAGAUAAAUUUGAUUAUUUGAUAAUGUCCAAUCAAAUUUAAAUACUGUAAAUUCAGAAAUUAUUGCGUGCAUUUAUUAUUGCGAUUAUAUCAUUUUAGACUAAAAUGCGAUUUUAAUUUUAGCGAUAUUGAGAAAAAUCCUGUUUGAUUCAUAUAAAAAAUUUCAAAGGCGAGUUUAAAUUAUUGCGAUUAUAACCCUGUCGCAUUUUUCGCAAUAAUAAAAACAUCGCAAUAAUUUCUGAAUUUACAGUAUAAUGUAUACAAGUUAAAAUCCGCCUUUUUAUGUUGUUUUCAUAUGUCAAUCUUAAUGACAAUGCUUGAGCAAACAUUGACACAAACAAAGCUAGCAAGCCAAACAAUUCUUUGUCUUGCUAGCAUUAUGAAAAGAGCUGUAAGUUAAUUUAUGUUUUAAAAUUUAAAACAGCAUUCUUUCUUAAAUUGUAAUCAACAACAUAGAAAUUAUGUUGUUUUAAAAAUAUGUGAGACAUCAUAAACUUCACUGUAUAUAUUUUAUUUUCUUUGUUUUUAAUAGAUGGUGUUUUAUGUGAAAAUUAAUAAUCAAGCAUAUAUACAGUGCAUUUUCAUGAGGGAAAAAUUGAAAUGUUUAUUUUCCAUUAAAUGGAUAACAAGGAGCAUAGUACAAUAUGUAGUAGACAUUAUAUUACACACUAAUAAAUCAAGUUAGGUACAAAGUACAUUAGUAAAAACAGUUUGAUCAUGCAUAAUAUAUGGUAUUUAUUAUAGUGUUUGUUUGUAUGCAUCAGUCUUGACUAUUAAAUCAAAUUUAAUAAGUUAUCACUUUCAUCUCACUUCUGUGCUAUGUAUUAAAUGUUUUCAGCAUUGCAAUAAACAUGAAUAAAA